AUGGCCAACAGCAGUGCUGAGUCCUUAGACCGGCUGUACCCUGCAGUGGGCUCCACCAAGCCACCCCGAAAGCGGACUACUAGCCAGUGCAAGGCAGAGCCACCCCUGCUGCGGACCAGCAAGAGGACCAUCUACACAGCUGGCCGGCCGCCGUGGUACAACGAACAUGGGACACAGUCCAAAGAGGCCUUCGUUAUCGGCCUGGGAGGAGGCAGCGCCUCUGGGAAGACCACGGUGGCCACCAUGAUCAUUGAGGCUCUUGAUGUCCCUUGGGUGGUUCUGCUGUCCAUGGACUCCUUCUACAAGGUGUUGACCAAGCAGCAGCAGGAGCAGGCAGCCAGCAAUGACUUCAACUUUGACCACCCCGAUGCCUUCGACUUUGACCUCAUCAUCGCCACCCUGAAGAAGCUGAAGCAAGGCAAGAGCGUGAAGAUCCCCAUCUACGACUUCACCACCCACAGUCGGAAGAAGGAAUGGAAAACCCUGUACGGCGCCAAUGUGAUUAUCUUCGAAGGCAUCAUGGCAUUCGCGGACAAGGAGCUCCUGAAGCUCCUCGAUCUGAAGAUAUUUGUGGACACGGACUCGGACAUCCGCCUGGUGCGUCGCCUGCGCAGGGACAUCAGCGAGCGUGGCCGUGACAUCGAGGGUGUCAUCAAGCAGUACAACAAGUUUGUCAAGCCUGCCUUCGACCAGUACAUCCAGCCCACCAUGCGGCUGGCCGACAUCGUCGUGCCCCGAGGGAGCGGAAACACAGUGGCUAUCGACCUGAUCGUUCAGCAUGUCCACAGCCAGCUGGAAGAGCGUGAACUCAGUGUCAGGGCCGCCCUGGCCUCUGCCCACCAGUGCCACCCCCUCCCUCAGACCCUCAGCGUGCUGAAGAGUACCCCUCAGGUGAGGGGCAUGCACACCAUCAUCAGAAACAAAGAGACCAGCAGAGACGAGUUCAUUUUCUACUCCAAGAGGCUGAUGCGGUUGCUGAUAGAGCACGCGCUCUCCUUGCUGCCGUUCCAGAGUUGCACAGUCCAGACCCCCCAGGGACAGGACUAUGAAGGGAGGACAUACAGCGGGAAGCAAAUCACUGGGGUGUCCAUCCUGCGGGCGGGCGAGACCAUGGAGCCAGCGCUGCGAGCGGUGUGCAAGGACGUCCGCAUCGGGACCAUUCUCAUCCAGACCAACUGCAACACGGGCGAGCCGGAGCUCCACUACCUGCGGCUGCCGAAGGACAUCAGCGAAGACCACGUCAUCCUGAUGGACUGCACGGUCUCCACAGGCGCAGCAGCCAUGAUGGCAGUGCGGGUGCUGCUGGAUCAUGAUGUCCCAGAAGACAAGAUCUUCCUCCUCUCCCUGCUGAUGGCGGAGAUGGGUGUCCACUCAGUCGCCUACGCUUUCCCCCGCGUGAAGAUCAUCACCACAGCCGUGGACAAGAAGGUGAAUGACCUUUUCCGGAUAAUCCCCGGCAUCGGGAACUUCGGCGAUCGGUACUUCGGGACGGACGCUCCUCCUGACUGGAGCGACGAUGAAGAUGCUCUUAGCACUUAGCUGGGAUGUGGAGAUGCCACUGGCGAUGGGCAGCUUCAGCACCGCACCUUAACCCCUUCAGUCCAUUGCAGAGAUUUCUCCUUCCUCCUCACCAAGCAUAGAUAUUUUUUUCAAAUCUUACAUUGGAGAUCGAGGGCAUAUUUUUUCAAAGAAACAUAAAUCCUAGUUUGACUUUGUGGACAGUCGUGUGUCCCAGCGUAGAGCGGAGUUAAUUUAUUUUAACUUAAAUAUUUGCCUAUAUAACUUA